UCACUUUAAACGGUUCACUUUAUUCAAAACUGAUUAUUCUUUGUUCUUCAAUCAAGUUUUUGCAUAAAUUGGAAGUGUGGGUCUUAUUUCAGCAAAUUACUUCACACUGUUACAUCUAUCCCCAGUCUGUGUUACAACUCACCCCAGUAGUGGGUUAGGUUGUAACAAUGGAACUCUUUGUAUUUUACGUUAAUUCACAUAAUCUGUGAUUAUGCAGUACCCGUCCAAGUGAGUUUUAUUUGUAGUAGACAAAUGUGGCUACCGUAUAUCAAAGUUUGAGAGACCUAGCACAAACAACCACUGAGUUACUGAUGCUCAAACAAAAAGUGUUACUUUCAUCCCUGGUCUCCCCCCUACAAUACUUUAAAAGGAAAUUGUAGUUUGAUUUUCCAAUGUCCUGAUGUUUCUUUUCCGACAGAAAUAAGAGCCGUUGUUCUGGGGUGGCAGAAAUCUGACAAAGCCUCAGUGAUAAACAGCAUUUUAGAUGAUGAAGUUGAGACUGACAAAUACUUCGUGAAAUCUGUGAAGAAAGAUGGUGAAGUGAACGGAAGGAAGAUAACUCUGAUUAAUAAUCCAUGUUGGUGGGAGAAUUAUGAUUUGCAAGACUUGCCAGAGGUUGUUAAACAAGAGCUGGUUUGCAGUGUCUUUCUGUGUCCACCAGGACCUCACGUCUUUCUUCUGGUCAUUAAUCUCAGUUUGCCUUUUACUGAAGAAAACAGAUUCACCAUCGAGGAGCACCUUAGUCUCUUCGGUGAGAGAAUCUGGAGACACACCAUAGUGUUGCUUACACAAACCGAUUCAGUGAAGGGCAAAGAUCUUCAGCUGAUCAUCCAGAGAUGUGGAGGAAAAUAUCAUGCCUUUGAUUUUGAAAAUAAAAGUGUCGGAGUCAAAGAUCUACUUGACAAGAUCGAUGAUGUUGUGGCAGCAAACAAUGGGAAGCAUUUUGAAACAUGUGAUGACAUGCUGUUUGACAUUCAGAGAAAGAGGGAUGAAAUUGAAAGAAGAGCAAAAUCCAGACAAGUAACAGUUCAUGACAAAAAAGAUCUACUGAAAGAAAUAAGUAAGUCAUAUAGACAUGUUUACUACCAGUCAAAAUUUGGACUGGAUUUAUGUUAAUUUAUAUGAAUGUUCAGAGAUGGAGUUGUGAAAGUGAAGCUCAAAUCUAAGAGAGUGUGCCACAUGUUUUGAUUACUACAUCAUUCCCAUACUUCCGUUUGUGUUACUGUAGAGUUUUCAUACUGUGAAUUUAAAAUUUAGAGGUUGGAAACAUUUACUAGUUCUUUAUUAUAACUGGAAUGAAGUUAUAAUGAAGAAUUAGAAUAUGUGUCCAAACUUCUGACUGGUAGUGCACAUUGCAAACAUGCAAAUACCUGUAAAUUAGAAGAUGCUGUGGCUCCGCUCUCAGAACUGAGAAUUGUUCUUCUGGGUUGGAUUCUGUCUGGGAAGAGUUCAACUGGAAACACCAUCUUCAAUCAUGAAAUAUUUCCAAUACGAAGAAAACAAAAGUGCACAAGUCGCACUGGUGUAGUGAAUGGCAGAUCAGUAACUGUGUUGGACACUCCGGGCUGGUGGAAGUAUUUCUCAUCUAAAUUCAACCCAGAAUACACACGGGCUGCAAUCUUAGAAAGUGUAGGUCAAUCACGACAAAUGCAGUUCCCUCACGCCAUGAUCUUGGUGAUUCCUAUUGAUACUUCAUUCAAGAUUGAACAGAAAAGAAUCAUUAAUGAGUACAUGGUCACUUUUGGAGAAGACGUCUGGAAACACACCAUAGUUCUGUUCACGUGGGGCGACAGAUUUCCAGAUAUCUCAAUCGAGCAGCACAUUGAGAGUGAAGGUGAAGCUCUUCAGUGGCUGAUUCAGAAAUGCAGGAACAGAUAUCAUGUCUUUGACAACUCAAACAAGAAUAACCGAGAUCAAGUCACAGAGUUGCUCCAGAAGAUUGAUGAGAUGGUGGCAGAAAACAGUCUGUUCUGCCUCAACCCUCAAUGUGCUGCAGAAGAAAACAUUCAUGAUACUGACACACAACAAGAUGAAGAAAUAAGUCUGGAUGUUGAUCAUGUGCUGCAAUUACUACAGCAGGAGAUUAGAAACAGGUUUAAGGGGAUCAAAAGUCGACUAAAACACUUAGGGAUGGAUUCCACUGGAUGUACAGAGACCAGAAGUCACCGUAGCAUUUCAGACCCUCCAAACUUCUCAGCUGAUGAGAAACUCAAGGAAAAGAUGAGGAGAGAAGGAAGCAGAUGGGAAGUAACUUUAAUGGACACGUUCUUGAACAAUCAGAAUCCUGAAGCAUCAUCUGAUUCACAUGAGAAGGUGGUAGGGUGGCUUCAAAGAUGUGAUGAAUACAGCUCAGUUGGAUAUGGAACAAGCUCCAACAUCAGCAGUCUAGAAGAUCCAGAGCCCAGAGACAAGACAUAAGAAGCAGUUUACAGAAUAAAGCACUCUGUUUAAACGUGUGUACACUUUAUAACAAAUUCUUUGUUUUGAAUGUGUUUAAUAAUUGUGUGAGAAAUAUGUUAAUAAUUCUAAUUAAUAAUUUGUAUUCUUGUAUGUUAUCUAAAAACUAUAUUACUUUAUAUUAUUAUUUCAUGAAAACUGAAAGUAACGUAAAUGAUUCAAGUCAUGUUUAGUUUCUGUUUAGUAUGUUUGUUCCUGGUUUCCUGAGCCUUAGUUCCUGUUUUCUUGGUUUCCAAAACAAGUUUAUUUCCUUGGUUGCUCAUGUUCACCACCCAUGUAUUGUAGUUGCUUGUUAUGUGCCCUCAGUUUUUUUUCCCCCAUUGUUUGGUAUUGUAUUUGGUUUAAAGCUGAUAACAUUUUUCCUCUGUGUUAGAAUUUCGGCUUUUUUUUGCUUAAUAAAAGUUAAACUGCUGCAUCAAGAGCCACCUCUCCUCUUCUCACCUCAACCCCACCGUAAGACAUUUAGUCCAAGUCAAUGCACAGCAAAAUAAAAUAGUUGCAAACGACAAUCCUCCCAUGUAUAAUUGUUGUAUAAUACAUUUAUUUGUGCAUUUUUUACUGCUAAUGUCCACCCCAUUUAGAUGAAGUACUGCUUCAAUUCUGCAGAUAGUAAGAGAUAGCAUAUAGCUUCUUAUUAAACCAAUGAGAAAGAGUUACGCUGAUCUGUGCAUGUGUGAAACAAGCACUUAAAUGAAGGGGUGAAAUGAAAAUUUUUUAUGGUUUCUAAUGGAGUUGAUGAAGACUAUUCACUUUAUAUGCUUUAAACAUUUAAAUCAUCCAUGUUUCACAUCAUUAUUGGAUGCAUAAUAAUAUAACUGCAUACACGUUACGUCAUUGUGUGAUUACGUAAACAAACUAAUGAAAUGAACCAGUUUAUUGUAAUGAACUGUUCUGUAUUGGAUGUGGCCAACCCCAAAACUUAAAAGAAGAAGAAUGAACUUGUCCGAAAGAACCAGUUCACUGAAAAGAAUCACAUUUCCCAGUUAACCUGAGGCUCUGUAAUGUUCAGUUUCUUGCACAGACCAAAUGUUUUGCUUCUUAAGACCUCAGUAUAUCAUCAGGACCCACAGGUAUUAAUUUUGUUCUCCCUGAUAUGUUUUUUUUUUUUUUUAAUUCUCAAAAACGGGCAGCCAAUGACUUGAAUUUUGUGAAUCACCCAUAUAUAACUUUAUAUAUUUAUUUUAAAAAUAUAUUUAACACGAGUUUUCAUGGUUAAUUAUAAGCAGUUUCUUAAUUUCCCCUCUUUCUAAAGGUGCAUACCAUACGCUCGUCAAAAUGAUAAUUCAUCAGUUUCUGUUAGUCCCACCCUCAGUGUUUAUGUAAAUUGUGAGCAUUUGAAAAUAGUGUUUAAUUUGAAAAUAGUGAAACAAACAUCAGUCAGUCUUUAAAAACUAUAUAUUGGAUAUCCUGACCCAAAUGAAACUUAAGUCUUAGCAAUAAACCACCAGCGGAUGAUGGAUUUAUAGAUUGCAAAGAUUGGUGUUUAAGCACAGUCAAUUAAAUGCUUGAAUGCUUACAUUCAUUGAUCAGUACUUUUAAUACUUAAGUACAUUAAAUAUCAAAUGCUUUUGUACUUUACAAAUCAAAAUGAGUACUAAUUACUUUUACUGGAGAAACAUUUUAUUAGGGUUAUCUCUACUUUUAUGUACACUGAAAAUGUGAGCUAUAAAUAACACUAUCAAAAUGAGAUAAAAUGGCAUAGUCAUCCAUAAAAUGCUAUGUAUAUUUUUUAUUGUGUACUAUUAUUGGGACAGCUCAUGUUUUAUGCAGUUAACAUGUAUUAAAAUGCUAAUUAUAAAAUGUUUAAAAAUGUGUGGUUAGAUAUUGCUGGGUGAAUGUACUAGAUUUAGAAAUUUAAUGAAUUCAAUAAAUAAUUAAAGUAUUGUUUAGAGGAGCAUGGAUGAUGAAUGCUUCUCACCAUGAACACUGUUUAAACAGAAUAAAUAUAUAGAAAUAUAUUAGAACAGAAAUACAUUUAGACAGAAUAAAAAGCUUUAAAACAGUGGUUCUCAACUCCAUAUGGUGGGGACCCACUGCUCUGCACAUUUUGUAUGUCUCUCGUAUCUGAGACACU